AAAACUACAAGCCCCAAAGGGCUUUGCUUCCAACUCUCUCCCCCGCCUCUCUCUCUGGCAGAGUGGUGUUUUUGUUGUUGGUGAAAGGUGAGGGGAACAGCUGAUCUUCUGGUGGGGACUGAGCUAUCUGAGAAGGUAUCAUGGAGGAGUCAUUGCUCAGCCGAACCCCACCCCGGGGUGCGGUCACUUUUCUGAAUGUGGCUAGGACCUAUAUCCCCAACACCAAGGUGGAAUGUCACUACACCCUGCCCCCAGGCAUUGUGGCCAAUGCCAGCGACUGGAUUGGCAUCUUCAAGACAGAGGCCUCCUCAGUCCGAGAUUAUCACACCUUUGUCUGGUGCGUGAUCCCUGAAGGUGCAGCUGAAGGCUCUGCUAUUCACUCCAGUGUCCAGUUCCAAGCCAGCUACUUGCCCAAGCCAGGUGCUCAAUUCUACCAGUUCCGCUAUGUAAACCACAAAGGCCGAGUGUGUGGCCAGAGCUCCUCGUUCCAGUUUCGGGAACCAAGGCCCAUGGAUGAACUGGUGAUGUUAGAGGAAUCCGAAAAUGGUUCUGAUAUCCUGCUUGUUGUCCCCAAGGCAACAGUGCUGCAGAAUCAGCUAGAAGAAAGCCAGCAGGAACGGAAUGACCUGAUGAGGCUGAAGUUGCAGUUGGAAGGGGAGGUGGCGGAACUGAAGAGCAGGGUGCAAGAGCUGGAGACUGUGCUGCAGGUCACCAAGGAGGAGCAGACCAAGCUGAUGGAGAAAUACAAGGGGUUAGCACGUGCCCAUGGGGAGCUUAAAGAAGAACGGGAUGUUCUGAGCAAACAACAGGGAGAUCAUGUGGCUCGGAUCCUGGAACUGGAGGAUGAUAUUCAUACCAUCAGUGAGAAGGUGCUGGAGAAGGAGGUGGAGCUGGACAGGGUCAAGGACACAGUGAAGGCCUUGACUCAGGAGCAGGAGAAGCUUCUGGGGCAGCUGAAGGAAGAACAAGCAGACAAGGAGCAAAGCCAGGCUGACCUGCAAGCUUCACAGGUGGAAUGCUGUCGCCUGAGUACAGACCUGCAGAAGGCCAAAAGUCAUCAGGAUAAGCAGGCCUCUGAGCUCCAAAGACUGCAGGAUGAGGUUACCCGGACUCAGAAUCUGUUGGAUGAGGCCCAGCAGCAUAUUGCUGAAUUGGAGCCCCUGAAAGAGCAGCUUCGAGGAAGUCAGGAGCUUGCAGUCUCAAGCCAACAAAAGGCUGCCCUGCUCGGGGAAGAGCUGGCCAGCACAGCAAGUGCCAGAGACCGGACCAUGGCCGAGCUCCACCGAAACCGGCUCGAGCUAGCUGAGGCUAACAACAGGUUAAUGGAGCUCAGUCUGCAGUGGAGAGAAGACAAGGGUUCAUGGAGCAAGGAACGGACAGGACUUCUGCAAAAUGUAGAGGCAGAGAAGGAUAAAAUCCUAAAACUGAGUGCCGAAGUCCUGAGACUGGAGAAGGCUGUGCAAGAAGAGAGGACCCAGAGACAAGGGCUCAAGGCCGACCUGGCUCAAGAGAAGGAUUCCAGCCUGGUGCAGCUGUCAGAAAGCAAGAGAGAGCUAACAGAGCUUCGGUCAGCCCUUCGAGUGUUUCAGAAGGAAAAGGAGCAGCUGCAGGAGGAGAAGCAGGAACUGCUUGAAUACAUGAGGAAGCUGGAGGCCCGCCUAGAAAAAGUGGCCGAUGAGAAGUGGAGUGAGGAUGCAGCCACUGAGGAUGAAGAGGCAACUCUCGGCUACACUACAGCAGUGCUUUCAGACUCAGAAGAUGAAUACCCAGAGGACAUGAGGCUCCCUUCCCAUGGGUUGUGUGAGCGAGGAGGCCCUGGCUGUAAUCCCUCUGGACCCCGAGACACCCCCGCCCACGUGGUCAUCAGCCAGCCAUCCCCCAUUGCUCCUCACACAGCAAGGGUCCAUGAUGAUAGUAGCUCUGACUCAGAGGCAGAGGAUGAAAAGGCAGUGCUGAUGGCAGCAGUGCAGAGCGGAGGGGAGGAGGCCAGCCUGCUGCUUCCCGAGCUGGGCAGCGCCUUCUAUGAUGUGGCCAGUGGCUUUGUUGGGGGCCCCCUUUCCGAGGCCAGCCCAGGGGGCCCUGACGCCCCGCCUUGGAAGGAGUGUCCCAUAUGUAAGGAACAGUUUCCUGAGGGUGACAAGGAUGCCUUGGAGGAACACGUGGAUGGACACUUCUUCUUCAGCACCCAGGAUCCUUUUACCUUUGAAUGAUAAACACACGCAUAUAUACACAGAGUUUGUGACAAACUGGGUUUCAGGCCAUCAGGAUCCCUAAGAAAUCCUCCACCCCACUCCAUUUCCACUUAUUCUGACCUUGAGUCCACGACAAGGCUCUUGUGGAACACUGAUGGAAAUGGGUGCUCCUCCCCCAACCAAACAAAAUACCACCCAGUGGUUUGAGGGACACUCUAGUGUCCUGGUUUCUUUCCACGUGAGCCACCAAGGCUCCCCUGCCCUUCCCAGACCACCAUUGUUUAUACCUACCACCGUCAAAACAGUCUGACUUCUGUUGGGUCAGUGUUCCAAAGCCAACUCUUGGAACAUCCGUUCCUCCCAGGGUUCCCAUUUGGGGUUUAUACUUGUUAUCUGAGUUCUGUCUCUAGUUUUCAUGAAGACAGGAAAAUCCAUGACCCUCUCAGCUCUCAGCUUCAUCUCUGUUCCCUCACUACCUUUUCCUAAUUUGUCCAUAUGAUUAGAUGUUAAGUUUUGGUUUCUUUUGGAGGUAAAGAAGACCCCCUGCACCAAUUCUUCCCUUUCCUGCAGUAUCCUCUUACUCCACAUAGAAAGAAAAAUUCAUCUGUGCCUUUUGUGUUGGAGGGGAGGGGAGCAACUGAAACCAAGUAUUUCCAUCUGGCCUGUCCUCAUCCCCCUUGACAGCAAUAAGAUAGUCUUCCCUAACAUCCUCCAUGUCACCACCACCAUCCUCCCCCACUCCCCUCCCAAGUUGUGUAGCAUGGGCAGAGAUAUUUAUAUGACAUGUAUACUAUUCUAAUAAAAAGUGUUCUUACCACAA